UUUUUGAUUGCGGCAACAUUGUUAUGGCCGCCAUUAACAAACGUCCAUCCGUUUCGUUUCGGAUAGCAGUGGCAAUUUAUUUGUACGGACAUUUUAUUAUAUUUUAGUGACUUUCAGACACUUUGGACACUGUAGUGAAACUGAUGUGAUUUAAUUUGGUAUUGUCGUUAAGAAAGACUUCAAUAAGUGGUCAAUAUUCUUAAAAUCGCGGCCAAUGUCAGCAGGCGUGUCAGAUCAGCGAAUGAAAGGGCAAGGGAACCAAGUGACAAAUGCACCGAAAGAGCAACAGUUAGAGAGCGGCGGAGACGAGUUAGCGGAGGUGUCAUGGCGCCAGCAACAACCUUCGUAUGCACCACCCAUCUCGUCAGCGGCCGACCCCUACAGCGCGGCAGGUUAUUACGGUACAACAACACUUCCUUAUCAAGCUUUUGGAGUCGGGGAUGGGACAUGGUCCACCAAUGGAACAGACCCGAUGACUUUCCUCGGAGGAUACAAUCCUCACGAUUCUUAUGGAAUGGAUGGUGUAUUUGGACCUUCAACAACUCCAUUUUCAACCGCUGCGUUUGGACAGCCUGCUUCAACUUUUAAUUAUUUUCACGGCAAUGGAGACUACUCUACUUGGGGUCAAUUGGGUCGCGCCAAGCAAUACGAUGACUACUACAGGACGGACGGGCUGUACGUGCCGGACGGCAUUAAGGCCGUGGAGUCCGGAGUGCAGGCACUCUCGCUCGGGGAGCACAAGGUGGAGAUGGAGCGAGCUCCCGAGCUCAAGGAUACGUCAAGCGGAUCGCAGCCCAAAAAGAUGACGUGGGCUUCUAUCGCCAGUCAGCCGGCGAAACCAGCGCCUUCCUCCCAGACGGGAGGUAUCAAGAAAAAGGGACCCGGAAUGCCCCCGCCUCCGAUCAUCCCGGGCAAGCAUAACUUGGAAAUUAAUGCUUGGGAUGCUGGUAAGAGCGCUCCCGUCGUGACGGCGCCGCCGCCACCGCUGCAGCCAGCGCCCGCGCCCGCGCCGCUGCCCAUGACGGUAGCUCCGCCCGCGCCGGCCUCCGCUCCUAUGCAACGUGGCCCACCGCCCCAACACACCCAGCCACCGCCUUCUUGGACGCAUGCGCCGCGAGCGCCUCCACCACACCAGCAGCAACAUCAACAGCACCAGCAACACCAACACCAGCAGCAUCAGCCACAGCUGCAGCCGCCGCACCAACCACGACCGCCCAUGCCGGCGCAGCCCGUCGCCGCUCCCCCACCUGCGACUCCUACUGGCCCGACUCCUCCGCAUCCAGUUUUAGAUGAGCUGCGUGUAAAGAAUGACUACAACCCUAAGGAGUUUGACUUGACCGCACCGAAUGCUAGAUUUUUCGUCAUCAAAUCUUACUCUGAAGACGACAUCCAUCGCAGCAUCAAGUAUGAAAUAUGGUGCAGCACAGAACAUGGCAAUAAACGUCUUGAUGCAGCAUAUCGUGAACGCGAACGAGAAGGGGGUUCAGUCUACUUGUUUUUCUCGGUGAACGGUAGCGGUCAUUUCUGCGGUAUGGCACGCAUGACCAGUGCUGUGGAUUACAACUCUAACUCCUCUGUGUGGUCGCAGGAUAAGUGGAAGGGACAAUUUCGCGUCAGGUGGAUCUAUGUUAAGGAUGUACCAAAUGUGGAACUUCGUCAUAUCAAAUUAGAGAAUAAUGAGAAUAAACCGGUGACGAACUCCCGUGACACUCAAGAGGUACCGCAUGCGAAAGGAUUGCUAGUGUUACGCAUUAUACAUAGUUACUGCCAUUCGACAUCUAUUUUCGAUGAUUUCAUUCAUUACGAACGACGCCAGGAGGAAGAAGACUCGCGUAAGGUUGUGCCGCAACAUGUCAGUCACGAAAAUAAUCGUGAAAAUCAUGAAAAUGGACGUGGGUAUCGAAACAACUAUCGCGAUCAUCGUGAUGGACGAGAAGGGCGAGACCAUCGUGAGGGACGUGAUGGUCGUGAGCCAAGAGAUUACCGGGACUCGCGGGAUGGCCGAGAUUACCGGGACAACAGGGACAUGCGCGAGCCACGAGAUAACCGCGAUCCGCGAGAGGUGCGGGACGCGCGUGACUCCCGUGACCCGCGAGACAAUCGUGAUCCACGCGAUCAUCGUGAUCAUCGUGACCAUCGCGAUGAUCGUGACGGCAGGGACAACCGGGACCACGGGUACCGUGACCGGGACAAUUAUAGAUCCCAUCAUAAGGACAGAGAUGGCUCACGUGGCCGCGGUCGCUCUCGCAAUUGAUUGGCUGCUAUGCUAUGCGAAAACGAUGUGAGGAAUGGCUUCUCCCCAUAGACAACUUAGUAUUCGAGUAAUAAUUGGUACCGUUUACACAACAGAUGUAUGACACAUAUGAACAUGUGUAAAUAGAAAUGAAGCAUUCAUCUUGGAGCAAUGUGAUCGCUCAAUGUUGCGUUUUAAUCUGAACAAUUUAAAUGUAACAUAGAAUAUUGUUUUAAACAGUGCAAUGCUCAUGAAGAAAAAACUUUCAACAAAUUAAAAUGUGCUAAAUAUUUUGUACUGGAAGAACAUUUAAUUAAACUAAUGCAUAGUGAACAGAACAAUAAAUAUCAACUUUAAAAUGUGUCUUUAAGUCACAUUAUGUUGAGUGGAUUGUGGACUUUGUUUCAAAUUUGUGGACUGAUCAAUAAAAUAUAGUAAUUUUUAUAACUAGGAAAUUCUGUGGUGAGAGGAGUUGAUCCUCUUUAUAGGGACUGGUGAAGAUGAGGAUAACAUCAACAUAUUAAAGUGCGCUGAAUGAGUGUAGUGUUAAAAACGAUACCAUAAUCAUCAGUGGCUUAACAUAUUGGAAAUGUUAACAUAUAUCAGUGGUGAUUAAUUGUAACUUUUAUAUUACAAAAAGAAUGUAAUCAAGAGGUGUGGACAUUUUGUAUACAUUUUUUUAAUAUCAAUAUUAAGGAAAGUUGUGAGUUCUCUCGUGGCAUUAAGUUUCUCUCACUCCAUUUUUUAUUGUUCAUGUUUUAUUAAUUUUGACUUCAUAUUCUGACGGAGUGAAUUUUUAACUUCUGUGUUAUCCAAAUCAUUGUCAUCAGAGACUAUCAGACUAUGAAGUUUUGUAUAGAUUAAGGGAGGCAAAUUGUUUUUGGUCAACAAUGUUCUUACUCAUGUACAUAAAUAUAUGUAUUUUAAUGAGUCUUUUCUAUGUUUAAGUGCAACUAGUGUGACGAGAGAAAUUUGAUGAUCAACUAAAGAAAACAUGUAUUUGUUACUAUCAUGUAUUGUCUCCCCACCUUAAUUUUAAAGUGCCUUUUGAUUUUUUCACUCAUGUUGAUCUAGUGCCACUUAAUAUUUUUAUUUUGAAAUAAAUCAUUUGUAGUUAGUAAUAUGCUCAUGCAUUCAAUUAUUUUUAUUUAAUAUUAUAGUUUUAACCUGAUAUUAUUAUUAUACAUCAUGGAAAAUCUUUUAUCAACAUGUUUGGUUAGAAAUUAUCGUGUCUAUAUGAAGUCCUUCUAAAACUGGAAAUGGAUUAAAGCCUGUCAUAGAAA